UCUAAAAUUUAACAGUACUCUCAUGCACAUCAUCUCAGAUACAGUACAUCUGGAUCUGUGAUGUUCCUACCAGUCAUGUAAACCUGCUCGGUUUAAAAACUGUUGGUGGUUUAUAGCUGUAAAUGAGAUAAUGUUGAUGGCAGGUUAUCAGACUACAGAACAACGUUGCUUUUCUGAAAGGACUCUCGAAUGGAGACUCUCGCGUGAAACAAUGCUUAACCAGUUUGAGUGGCGACACGUUCAUGGAUAGAAUAAAAGUGCAGCCCACCAUUGCAAUUCCUAUUAUUUCUAACUUAAAAGUCACACGAUGGGAUUUGCAGCUAGACACCAAUAGACAGAGGAAGCAAAAUGACUAAUCAUUCUUCUGAAUUUGGGUGGGGGCUGCAACUUUUCGAUAAUAAAACGGAAAAGACACUGGUCAAAGUGCCAAACGAGACUUUUGCAGCAUUUCAAGGUUUGCAGUUGAUUCAGCAACUUAAGGCUGUAAUAAUCCCAUUAUAUGCCGCUGUUGUCAUCAUCGGAAUUAUUGGUAACUUUCUUUUGGUGUCGGUAAUAAUGAGAGUAAAGAAACUGCACAAUGUGACUAAUUUCCUCAUAGGAAAUCUCGCUACUUCAGAUGUUCUAAUGUGCACAACCUGCAUUCCUCUCACCUUAGCCUACGUGUACGAACCCAAAGGUUGGCUCUUCGGCAAUUCAAUGUGCUAUUUCGUACUUUUUAUGCAGCCGGUGACAGUCUAUGUUUCUAUUUUCACUCUGACCGCAAUUGCUGUGGACCGCUACAUUGUGAUCGUCCACCCGUUGCGCCGCAGAAUUUCUCUGAAACUAAGCGCUUACCUGAUGCUCUUCAUUUGGAUAAUCGCGUGUUGUCUUGCUGUUCCUGCCAUGGCUAACACCUACUAUGUAGAAUUAAAGGAUCAGGGAAUCACCAUCUGCGAAGAGUUCUGGGAAACCAAAGAAAGUCAAAGACAAGCCUAUGCUUUCUGCCUGCUGUUUAUUUCAUUUUUGUUGCCGCUCUUGGUGAUCCUGAUAUCAUACGUGAGAAUUUCUGUGAAAUUGAAGAACAGGGUUAUGCCCGGCAGUGUAACACAAAGCCAAGCAGACUGGGACAAAGCCAGGAAGAAAAGGACGUUCUGUUUGUUGGUCAUAGUUGUAGUCGUGUUCGGCAUCUGCUGGCUGCCUUUGCACAUGUUUAACAUCAUUCGCGAUAUUAACAUCAACAUUAUCAGUAAAUAUUACUUCAACCUGAUGCAGCUCUCCUGCCACUGGUUCGCCAUGAGUUCAGUCUGCUAUAAUCCAUUCAUCUACGCAUGGCUGCACGACAGUUUCAGAAAGGAGCUAAAGAAACUGUUUAUUUGGCGAAGAAAGAUUGCUCCUUACGGACACAGCGUAACAGUGAGUGUAGUUUUGUAAUAAAGAACUUAUUCAUGAGCAAACCAUUGUAAUUUAACCAAAAGUUUUGUAUUUAUUUUAUUAUGAUUUAAAAAACACACAUAUUGAAGAAUGUAUUGCCAUAAACGUAAUGUCUUUAAAAUGUAUUUUGUAAACCCCACCUUUACAUAACAACAAUAGAUUUUCUGUGAAUAAACGUAAAGUGUAUGUACAGGUACUGUGUGUUCACGAUUAAAACUAA